CUUGUUUCCUGGCAGAGUGGGGUCCCGGCACCGCGGCUCUCUGGUUUUGUGUGGGUCCCGGGUGGAGGGCCCGGGUGCCGGGGCCCGAGGUGCCGCCUCGCUAGCGGGAGAGCGAGCGGGAGCAGCGGCCCGGAGAGAGGUGAGGGGCUCUGUGUGGACUGCGGCCCCGCUGGCAGGCCCCGCCCCCUUCUCUCUGCCGCUCCGCGGGAGCCCCCGUCGAAUGCCACCCCGCCCCCCCGGCCUGCCGCGGCCGGCCGACCCCGCCUCUGGCUGACUACCUCCGCUCCUGUGGCCUCACCUCUGACCCCUAGGACCAGCCUUCCCGUCCUCCAGUACAUCUGUCUCGACCCCUCCCACGCCUCCAAACCCCACCCUGCCCCGGACCCGCCAGGCAGUGCGAGGGUCCUCGGGAAUCGAGGAGGUUCCUGCUGCUUCCAAGCGGGACUCUACUGGCCCAGCCUUCCUAGGGGUGCUUAGGACGCCCGUUACCCACACCUUCGAGGGUAGCUUUUGCACGGGCUCGUGUCUACAGGGCGGGAGGAUGGAAACAGACCCUAAUUGGAACUGAGGUUCAGGGCAGCUCUCAGGGCCUGUGUGGGGCAAGAGGAUGCUUUCCCAGCCUCACCAUGGAGCUGCGCUGUGGGGGAUUGCUGUUCAGUUCUCGCUUUGAUUCAGGGAACCUAGCUCAUGUGGAAAAGGUGGAGACUGUGCCUAGUGAUGGGGAAGGCGUAGGAGGGGUGGCUACAGCCCCCACUAGUGGUUCUGCUUCUUCCCCUGACUACGAGUUCAACGUAUGGACGCGCCCAGACUGUGCUGAAACAGAAUAUGAGAAUGGGAACAGGUCAUGGUUCUACUUCAGUGUCCGGGGAGGAACCCCAGGAAAGCUUAUCAAGAUCAAUAUUAUGAACAUGAACAAGCAGAGCAAACUAUAUUCUCAGGGCAUGGCCCCCUUUGUGCGCACAUUGCCUUCCCGGCCACGCUGGGAACGCAUUAGAGAGCGGCCCACCUUUGAGAUGACAGAGACACAGUUUGUGCUAUCCUUUGUUCACCGUUUCGUAGAGGGCCGAGGAGCCACCACCUUCUUCGCCUUCUGCUACCCCUUCUCCUACAGUGACUGCCAGGAUUUGCUAAGUCAGCUAGACCUGCGCUUUCCAGAGAAUUACUCUGCCCAUAGCAGUCCUCUGGAUAGCAUUUAUUACCACCGAGAGCUUCUCUGCUAUUCUCUGGAUGGACUUCGGGUAGAUCUACUAACAAUCACCUCCUGCCAUGGGCUUCGAGAUGAUCGGGAGCCCCGUCUAGAGCAGCUAUUUCCUGAUGUUGGCACUCCCCGACCAUUCCGUUUCACAGGCAAAAGGAUAUUCUUCUUAAGCAGUAGGGUUCACCCUGGAGAGACCCCAUCUAGCUUUGUCUUCAAUGGCUUUCUGGACUUCAUCCUUCGACCUGAUGACCCCCGGGCCCAAACUCUCCGUCGACUCUUUGUUUUUAAGUUGAUUCCCAUGUUAAACCCUGAUGGUGUGGUCCGGGGCCACUACCGCACAGACUCCCGUGGAGUGAACCUGAACCGUCAGUACUUGAAGCCCGAUGCCGUCCUGCACCCAGCCAUCUAUGGCGCUAAGGCCGUGCUGCUUUAUCAUCACGUGCACUCGCGCCUCAACUCCAAGAAUCCCUCGAACCAGCAGCCCAGCAGCCUUCAUCUUCCUCCUGAAGUUCCUCUUUCUGACCUCGAGAAAGCUAAUAAUCUCCACAAUGAAUCGCACCUUGGGCAGUCACCUGAUGGGGAAAGCCAUGACAGGUGGACUGAGACAGAGCCGACAGAAGAAAAGACUGACCCGGUGUGGAUUAUGCCACAACCAAUUCCUGAACUUGAGGAGCCAGCCCCUGACGCCAUCCCCCCAAAAGAGAGUGGUGUCGCUUACUAUGUGGACUUGCAUGGACAUGCUUCCAAAAGGGGCUGCUUUAUGUAUGGAAACAGCUUUAGUGAUGAGAGCACACAGGUGGAAAACAUGCUAUAUCCAAAGCUCAUCUCCUUGAAUUCAGCCCACUUUGACUUCCAGGGCUGCAAUUUCUCUGAAAAGAACAUGUAUGCCCGGGACCGUAGGGACGGCCAGUCCAAGGAGGGAAGUGGCCGUGUUGCAAUCUACAAAGCCUCAGGGAUAAUCCACAGCUACACACUUGAAUGCAACUACAACACUGGACGUUCAGUCAACAGCAUCCCUGCUGCCUGCCAUGACAAUGGGCGUGCCAGCCCCCCUCCCCCUCCGACUUUCCCCUCCAGAUACACUGUGGAACUGUUUGAGCAGGUGGGACGAGCUCUGGCCAUCGCAGCACUGGACAUGGCGGAGUGUAACCCAUGGCCGCGAAUCGUGCUGUCGGAACACACUAGCCUCACCAACCUGCGGGCCUGGAUGCUGAAGCACGUGCGCAAUAGCCGAGGCCUGACCAGCACUGCAAACGUGGGCCUGAACAAGAAGCGAGGAUCGCGGACCCCUCCCAAGAGUAACAAUGGAUUGCCUGUUUCCUGUUCUGAAAAUGCCUUGAGCCGGGCUCGAAGUUUUAGCACCGGCACAAGUACUGGUGGUAGCAGCAGCCAACAAAAUUCUCCACAGAUGAAGAACUCUCCCAGCUUCCCUUUUCAUGGCAGUCGGCCUGCAGGGCUGCCAGGCCUGGGCUCUAGCACCCAAAAGGUCAGCCAUCGGGUGCUGGGCCCUGUCAGAGAGCCCCGAUGCCCAGACAGAAGGCGGCGGCAGCAGCAGCAGCAGCAGCAGCAGCAGCAGCAGCAGCAGCAGCAGCCACUGAACCAACGCUCUACAACAAGCAGCCUAGCCCCAUCCCCAACUCUGGCUAGUGCUAGCCCAACCUCCUCCCGAAACAUGGGCUCCUGCCUCCUGCCCAAUUCACUCAGCUUAUCAGGGAGCAGCUGCCCAUUCUCGUCUUCAGGGGACAAGCCAGAGGCUGUCAUGGUGAUUGGGAAAAGCCUACUAGGGGCUGGUGCUCGGAUCCCCUGCAUUAGGACUCGUUUGCAGGCUAGGCCCAGGUUGGGCCGGAGCUCACCGCCGACUCGCAGAGGGAUGAGAGGCUCAAGCCCCACAUCCCCCAUCCCCCAGACCAGAGAGAGCAGUGAGCUGGAGCCGGGACCCCGCUCUGCUACACCAGGGCUGCCUCAGGCCGGCCCCCCACGGCCCCGCUCUGCCCCCGCCUUUUCUUCUAUUUCCUGUAUUCUAUCUGACUCCCCAUCCCGGAUUUGUUACAGCAGGGGGCUCUUGAACCAAUGUGAGGUUUGUUUUGUCCCUAAAUCUCCACCACUCACUAUCUCUCCCAGGGUCUGAUAAUGCCUUUACCUUCGUGUCCAGGAUAUAGCCCUAAGGUGAGGGAACACAGUGAAAUGAUACGUUAGUCCCGUCUUCCAGCUGCUGGUGCCAUGUGACAACCAUAGCUCCUUGGAAUAUCGGCCACACUCGGACUCAGCUGUCCCAGGCCUUGCAGAACAUCACCUUGAGACAGAGCAAAACAGGGACCUGCCACCCCCUUCCCUCCCUCCACAGCACAAGAUUUUGGGACCACAAAAAAUAUAUAUAUAUCUAUAUUUUUGUAUUGGGGGGAGGGAGUAGAAAAGAAAGCAGCCCCUAUACUGGGCCCUAUUCAGUGGCAGCUUCUUGUUCCAUAGGGUUAAGGAAGACUUUGAGGAAAUAAAAGUUGUUUGGAAAAAUC